AUGGCGCGCGCGUCCGAGCCCGACCCCGCGGCCGCGGCGGCCGCGGCGGCGCCGCCGCCGCCGCCGCCGCCGCGCGCGCGGGGCGCGGCGCCGGCGGUGGGCGGGAAGCUCUACGCCGUCGACGGCGUGGCGCCGACGCUGCCCGCGUCGGGCCGCUGCUGGAUCGCGCCCGGCGCGCGCGUCGUGGGCGCCGUCGCGCUCGGCGACGACGUGUCGAUCUGGUUCAACGCGGUGCUCCGCGGCGACAACGACGCCAUCACCGUCGGCGACGGGUCCAACGUCCAGGAGAACGCCGUGCUCCACUGCGACCCGGGCGCGCCCUGCGCCGUCGGCCGCGGCUGCACGAUCGGCCACCGCGUCACGCUCCACGGGUGCUCCGUCGGCGACGGCACGCUCGUCGGCAUGGGCGCCGUGGUGCUCAACCACGCGAAGAUCGGGCGGAACUGCCUCGUCGGCGCCGGGUCCCUCGUGGCCGAGCGCGCGACCUUCCCGGACAACUCGCUCGUCGCCGGCAACCCGGCGAAGCUCGUCCGCGCGCUCACGGACGCGCAGGCCGCGGGGCUCCGCGCCGGCGCCGCCGACUACGCCGCCCUCGCGCGCAAGCUCCGGGGCGGCCUCGUCGAGGUCGACGCCGCCGCCUGCGUGCCCGAGGCCCGGACCUGCGUCCUCUAG